UUCCUUUAGGCUCUGAACAUGUUAUUAUUGUCUAGUUCUUUUCGUGGUCAGUCGGCAUUUCAUGCAUCAAGUGGAUUCUAUCUACUAUCCCAGCGAAAUGAAUAUCAACCCUCAUCGCUAAUCUUUCCCCAUCUCCGCUUUCUUUUCUUUUUUCCCUCCAGCACUAGAACGUGUUUUAAGUUCCAGUUUCGCGACUAUCCCGGCUUUGAUAUGUAAAUCAAACAGCGGGAAAUCACCAAGUGUCAAAGGAAAAAGCAAUCAAACUGCCAAUCACUUCUCAGAAGGGAAGAUGAGAGGGUAUCGUGGGUGUUGCGCGUCCUUUCCUGUCUACUAGAGGUGGCCUUGUUUCGUCUGUUGAAGCGGGUAAAGAGGAGAUCGUGCAUGGGUAGAAAGGACGAUCGUCAUGAGAUUAAGAUCGAUUACGAUUAAGGAUUUAAUUAAUUCAUGUAAGAAGAACUGCACCGAAGU